AGAGAUCAGCUGUUCAUUGUUUUGCUCGCCGAUUUAAGAGGACAUCGGCAAAAAUGCUGCGAAAACUAUUAUUUAACACCCAAGCUGUAUUAAAACAAAACCCAAACUUACAUCACAUAAGGCACUUGGCAACGCCCAAGAUAUUGCAGCUUGAACAAAUUCACAUCGAUGAAGCCAUCAAAAUAGAACCCACGUUAUCUGUAUUCUCACCUAAAAUCUGGCGAAGGGCCCAUCAAACUUUUCAAAACCACGGUUUGGAAACAGUGAAUUUCCUUAGAAUAGUUACCGGUAACCCCGCGAUUCUGAAAAGAACGCCGGACAAAAUAAUAAGCAGCCUGGAAAUCUGGAGAGCCUGUCAAUUCGGCGAGAAUCUACUGCACCUGCUCCUUACAAAGUACCCCGAGUUACUGGACGUAAGCGACUCCCACCAAUUACUUUCCCACAUCGGCUUUCUUAAAAGUCGCGUCUCCACCAGCAAAAAUGUGUGGAAGUGUUUGAUGAACAGUCCGGAUUUGGUAGCACAAUCUGAGAUAUGUGUUGAGGAGAAACUGAACUUCAUCAUAGACGUGAUGCGCAUUGAGGUGCCGGAGUUGGUUAAAUCAGCAGCCCUCACAUUGACCUUCGAGGAGCUGCGUUGUCGCCACCAGUUUCUGCUUCGUUUGGGCCUCUUUAAGCCACGACCUCCAAAAGCCGAUCCAAAUGAGCCGACUACGAACCCCAAACUCUAUCAGAUUACGGAUACUUCCGAGAAGAGUUUUGCCACAAAGAUUUGCCACGUCACCCUGCCGGAAUACGAAGCCUUCAAGGAUCUCUACGCCAAGGAACUGGAGCAAAAGUCUAGAAGGAAGGAGGAGGAUGAGCUUAGUGAUGAAGAUGACUAAGGUUACGUUUAUUAUGGUUAUAUUUUGUGCCAUCAAAUAAACGCUGGUAAAAAUAGGAGAUUUUAAGUAUAGCUUGUUAGAUCCUUUAAAAAGAUUUUAAUUCAUAAAAAUAUUCAACUUGUUAGCGGAAAUGCAAGUAAUUAAUAUAUCGACUACAUAUGCAACGAA